CUUGACUCUUGAGGGGCAAUUUCCCCGCAACUUCACACACAGCUGACUACUCUAUUUAACAAGCUCCAGUCAUCAGCCAAACAAUAUCCUCCAUAGCAAUUUUCUUUUUUGCCUUUGUUCUUUGGGGAGUGAAAUGGCUCAAGAAGAAGAUGUGAUAUUGUUGAGCAUCUGGCCCAGCAUGUUUGGGAUGAGGGUAAGGAUUGCUCUGGCCGAGAAGGAGAUCAAGUAUGAGUACAGAGAAGAGGACCUCACGAACAAGAGCGACCUGCUUCUCAAGAUGAACCCGGUUCACAAGAAGUUCCCGGUUCUCAUCCACAACGGCAAGCCGGUCUGCGAGUCCACCAUCGCAGUGGAGUAUAUUGACGAGGUUUGGAAGGACAAAGCCCCUUUGCUCCCGUCCGAUCCUUACCAGAAAUCGCAGGCUAGAUUCUGGGCCGACUACGUUGACAAAAAGGUUUAUGAAACUAGUAAGAAAACAUGGACUUUAAAGGGCGAAGAACAGGAGGCUGGAAAGAAGGAGUUUAUAGAAGUCCUAAAGGUGUUGGAAGGAGAAUUGGGAGAGAAACCAUACUUUGGGGGUGAAAAGUUUGGGUUUGUGGAUAUUUCCCUUAUUGGAUUCUACAGUUGGUUUAAUGUGUUUGAGAGCUUUGGCAAUUUCAGCAUAGAAACUGAGUGUCCCAAGUUGAUUGGUUGGGCUAAGAGGUGCAUGGAGAGGGAGAGUGUUUCCAAGACUCUUCCUGAUCCUCACAAGCUUAUCCAGGCAGUGAAGCAGUGGUUGGGCAUUGCUUAAUCAGUACUCAUCAACUAAUAUUUCAUCAAUAAAUCUAUUUGCUUGGGCACAAAUCCAAUCCCAUCUAAUCUAAAGUGUUGUGUAUCUAGUAUAUGUUUGUGUGUUUGUUUUGGAGUUAAUGUUGUUGGUGUUUUAUGUGUAGUAAAGACACUUUGUGUCUGCUAAUUAAAUCAUGAUGUCGGAUUGGAAAUAAUGUUGGUUCUAUUUACUACUCACUUUAGUAAAACUUUAUCAACUUUCUUUUUUCCUUUGUCUUACUAACUUUGUCACUUUCUCAUUUAAGUAAAUAAUUUGUGACUCCUUUAA